AUGGAGAUGGUACAGUCAGCACUUGUGGCUGAGGCCGUGAGCGCAGCCGUGUCCUUCCUGUUCACCGGCCGCGGGGAGAAGGCGUCGCCGGAGCGCCUCAUGGAGAGGAUGGAAAUGGCGCACACAAGGCUGUCUCUGGGGCUCGAGAGGACCAGGAGGAUGCCCAUGACCAUCAUACCGUUGUUUUGCCUAAAGAAGAAGCUCAAGGAUGCGUUUGAGGAGUGCGAUGGUCUGCUCGACAAGGCGAGGGAUCUCCGGCAGGUGGUGCCCUCUUUUCCCACAAAGAUUAUCCAAGCCGUCCUGCCCUCUUUCGUUGUCCCGAAACCGAAACAAGAUGUGCUGAGCAGCUCUGUUGUUGCAAGAUUUGAGUGGCUUGCCGAGGAAGCCGACAAGUUUGUCAGGGACGUGGAGUCCGGAUCGUCGCUUUCUCACUACAGGUUCCUGAACCCUCUCAUCGGGCAGCUUCUUGAAGGUAAAAAUAUCCUCUACCACAAGGUGCAAAGAAGCCAGUCGUGUUCUCUUGGCAUAUGGCCGGUCUUUGUGGAAGAGUAUGGCAGGGUUGCAAGGCUAGCUUUUCUUUAUGAAGACCGCAUGGCGCCGCAUAAAAGUUUUAGGCUAAUGUUGGCUCUGAGACUGUACGAGAGCACAAACAUAGUUGGAGUUGCCGCGCAGUGUUUGCAGUCAAUUGGAGCUCAGUUCAAGCCUAUGGCCAAAGUUGGAGCUGGGGAACUCACUCGAUUACCUACACAAGAUGUCAUGUACUGUGAUUCAGUCGAUUCGCUAUGCUGGGAUGAGAUAGUCCGAAUGACUACAAAAUGGAGUCCAGACCAAAUGUGUUGCAUAGCAAAUGGGAUCAACAAGCCAUGUGCUAACAAUACCAUCUCAUCCGAGUUGACAGGCAGGUUCCCACAAGAAGUGAUGUUCGUUUUAUUCAAGUGUUGUUUUUCAGCUUCUGAUCACUGCUCGAGGAGCUCAAGUAAUGAAGCCUAUAUCAACACCAUAAGAGCCUGGUCACCUCUAAAGCUGUCUGUUGGCUUUGCACCUCAUAUCUCGCCCAACCUCCCGGACGAGAGUAGCUUACACCAAAUAGAAGAGGGGAUAAGAAGAGAGGCAAUCGAUUAUUUCAUUCAACACCCAGAGCUGACGGACUAUGAAAUGGACUGGAACUCAGCACAUGGGUGGGCUAGUUUUCGUGUUUCGAAGCCGAUCACUGAAACUAGGAGAGGGUUGAAGAGAAGGCGUUAG